AUGGCUAAGCGGGUUUUUGGAUCUUUUCUAAUCACUUUCAUACUUAUACAGUGCUGUAGUGGCAAUAGCGAAGGUAUCAGCGCCUACUACUUUCUUAAUGUACCGCCAACGGAGGACUUGUUGGCGCCCAAUUAUCAAAUGGUGCGGGUCUUAAAACAAAUACGCAAACAAAAUUGUGAAUUCAUGCUCGUGACACUCUUGAACGGGCUGCAGGUGCAGCGUUUCUUACGUUUUGUUGAGAAGAAUCGUUUGCUAAACUUACAACAACGUUUUGUGUUGCUCGAGGAUGCGCGUCUCAUGGUGGCCGAGAUGUGGUAUAUAUGGAGUAAUAUGAUAUCAACCGUAUUCGUGAAGCCACUCGACAACCAAAGGUUUCUCUUAAACACAAUUGCAUAUCCUGAAAUAUUGAAUGGUGUGGUGCUCACGAAACGCCUGAUGUUUUGGGAGAAAGGGAAGCAUAUAAAAAUUAACCAAUUGUUUCAGGAUAGAACAUCGAAUAUGAAAGGUUUUGCCAUGCCCAUCGUUGUCUUCGAGCAUGUGCCCAUGGUCAGACGUCACACAGAUAACAGCACUUUUAUUGGACUUGAGGUGGAAAUACUAAAAUCACUUGGCGUCAAACUUAACUUUAAACCCGAUUUCUAUGAAACCAACGAUGCUGCCUACGAGCAUUGGGGCAAAGAGUUACCGAAUGGCAGUUAUUCGGGCGUACUUGGUGAUAUGGCAAAUCGUAAUGCUCGCAUCGCCAUCGGCAAUCUGCAUAUGUUUAAAGUUUAUGCCUCUGUUAUGGACUUCUCUUGGCCGCAUAGUUUCGAGUGUCUGACAUUUUUAACACCGGAGUCUUCACAGGAUGACAGCUGGCGCACACUUAUACAGCCUUUCAGUGGCAGCAUGUGGGCCGGCGUGUUAUUCUCACUCUUCAUUGUGGGUACAGUUUUCUAUGUGAUCUCUUGUCUGCACGCCAUAUUAUUGCAUCGACGAUCACGACGCACGCAACGCAUAUUGAAUUGGUCGGAAUGGCGCAGUAAGGGACUCUUACGACCGUCGCGCAGUAUUGAUACGAAACUAUUCCGUGAUGUGCAAUUUCGUCGUUAUCUGGGACAAAUGAAAUCAUUGCCGUUGAAAAAUACCGAUCUUUUCGAUGAUUAUUCAAACUGUUUGCUCUUCACCUAUAGCAUGUUGAUGUAUGUUUCGUUGCCACGUCUGCCGCGCACAUGGAGUUUACGGGUGCUCACCGGCUGGUACUGGCUCUAUUGCAUUCUGCUUACGGUCAUCUACAGAGCGAGCUUAACAGCAAUACUCGCGAAUCCCGAAGAGCGAAUCACUAUUGAUACGUUGGAAGAACUGUCUGCGAGUUAUGUGACCAGUACCGCUUGGGUGCAUGAGAAUAAACAGUUUUUUGUCGAGGCAUUCGAUGAGACCGCCCAGGAGAUUGGACGUAAAAUGGAGAUAGUGGACGACAUCGAAAGUGUGACCGAACGUAUUGCCAAAGGUGAAUAUGCCUAUUUCGAUAACGAGUAUUUUCUACGUUACUUACGUAUGAAGGGCGCUCAACGUCGCGAAGAGCAACAAUUCACCGAAGUAGUGCUGCACAUAAUGCGACAGUGUGUCAUACAAAUGCCCGUGGUUUUGGGUCUGGAAAAAAAUUCACCACUACAGCCGAACGUUAAUAAAUAUUUGAGGCGUCUAAGUGAGGGGGGGCUCAUCACCAAAUGGCUUAAAGAUUCCAUUGCCGAACUCCCCGCCGAGGAGCGUACGCCACAAGAGGCUGUAAUGGACUUACCAAAGAUAUGGAGCUCCUUUGUAGCACUUGGCAUUGGUUAUUUAUUGGGACUCUUUGCGAUAGCCGGUGAAUGGCUGCACUACGAAUAUGUGGUGCGCAAACAUCCACUCUACGAUGUCUACAAUAAAAAUUUGUACUACAAUUUUAAGCGUAAAUUUUCUAGUUACUAAAUUG